GCCAAAGCUUACCUCACUAAGCAAUCACAAUGGAGAAGAUCAUGAUCCCACAUAUAUACUCUGCACACUUGUCAUACCCUUUUGCUUGUUACGGAGCUCACAUCAAUGAUGGAGAUUGUGCCUGCAGAACCGAUUGAGGGCAUAUAUUUUGAGCAAGGAGAGUCCUCUACAGCGAGAAGCCAUGACCCCUUGGCCAUUACCAGUGUCAGUAACAGCGGCGGCGACGUUGGUUAUGUUCCAGGACCCUUUGAUAGUGAAAGGUUGCCAACAGUUUUCGCUUCCGAAAUAGAAAGGUUCCUUCGUGUGGCCAACUUGGUUGGGAAGGAGGAACCUCGUGUUGCUUAUCUGUGUCGAGUUCACGCCUUUGUAGUUGCGCACAACUUGGACAAAAAUUCUAGUGGAAGGGGUGUUAGACAAUUCAAAACUUCACUCCUUCAUAGACUUGAACAGGAUGAGAGAGUUACAAAAAGGAAGGGGAAGAGUGACAUUCGUGAACUUAAGGAUGUUUACCAUGCCUAUAGGGAUUAUUUUAUUAGACAUCAUCAGGCAUUCGAUCUAGAGCAAAGUCGUAGGGAGAAAUUGAUAAAUGCACGGAAUAUUGCUUCUGUUCUAUUUGAAGUACUCAAAACAGUUACGGAUACAGCUAGUUCUCAGGCAUUUAUUGAAGGGAAAGCAAUCCACAAAAAAACUGAGUUUAACAUUCUUCCACUUGAGCAAGGAGGCAUUCAGCAUGCAAUUAUGAAGCAGCCUGAGAUUAAGGCUGCCAUUGCAGUUAUUCGCAAUGUUCGUGGUUUGCCCCCAGCUCAAGAUUUCAAGAAACAUGGAGCCUUUGUAGAUCUGUUUGAUUUUCUUCAGCAUUGUUUUGGAUUCCAGGAGGCCAGUGUUGCAAACCAAAGGGAACAUCUUAUUCUACUCCUAGCCAACAUUCAGACUCGGCAAACUCACAACCAGACAUCUGUUUUGAAGUUAGGAGAAGGAGGCGUGGAUGAACUUAUGAGGAAGUUUUUCAAAAAUUAUACCAACUGGUGCAAGUAUUUGGGAAGAAAUAGCAAUAUCCGCUUACCUUUUGUCAAACAGGAAGCCCAACAAUACAAAAUUUUGUAUAUUGGCCUUUACCUGCUCAUAUGGGGGGAGGCAGCUAAUUUACGGUUCAUGCCAGAGUGUCUCUGCUAUAUCUUUCACCAUAUGGUGUAUGAAUUGCAUGGAGUUUUAAGCGGUGCUAUCAGCUUAACAACAUGGGAAAAGGUCAUGCCUGCAUAUGGAGGAGAACCAGAGUCUUUCCUUAAUGAUGUUGUCACCCCCAUAUACGAAGUUAUAAGAAAGGAAGUUGCCAAUAGCAAAGGCGGGACAGCUGAUCAUUCUGCAUGGAGAAACUAUGAUGAUCUGAAUGAGUAUUUCUGGUCCCCUGAUUGUUUCAAAAUCGGUUGGCCCAUGCGUCUGGACCAUGAUUUUUUCGAAGUAAAAUCUGUAAAGAAACCCGAUGUCAAGAAUGCUCUUGUUGAAUCACCUGGUGAUAGAAAAGAAAAGAAGAACGAAGAAGCAGAGGAUACUGGGGACGAAAACCACGAACCACAAUGGCUGGGAAAGACAAAUUUUGUAGAGAUUCGCUCAUUUUUGCAAAUAUUUCGAAGCUUUGAUAGAAUGUGGAGUUUUUAUAUUUUAUCCCUUCAGGCCAUUAUAAUCAUCGCUUGCCAUGACGUGGGAUCUCCACUUCAGUUGUUUGAUACCACAGUAUUUGAGGAUAUAAUCAGCGUCUUUAUCACCUCUGCAUUUCUUAAACUUCUUCAUGCAAUUUUAGACAUAGCUUUUACAUGGAGAGCGAGAUGUACCAUGGAAUAUUCUCAAAAAGUGAAACUUGUGAUGAAGCUGGUCUUUGCUGUUAUAUGGAAUAUUGUUCUUCCCCUUUGCUAUGCUAACUCAAGAGGAAAAUAUACUUGUUAUUCCACAAAGUCUGGAACCAGGGUUGAGGAAUGGUGCUUUACUUCCUACAUGGUUGCUGCUGCAAUAUACUUGACGAGUAAUGCCGUUGAAUUGGUUUUAUUUUUUGUCCCUGCUGUGGCCAAGUAUAUUGAGGUCUCUAAUUACCAGAUAUGCAAAGUUUUGUCUUGGUGGAUUCAGCCUAGAAUCUAUGUUGGACGGGGGAUGCAAGAAGACCAGGUUUCAGUUUUAAAGUACACAGUGUUUUGGGUAUUGGUGUUAUCAUGUAAAUUUUUGUUCAGCUACAGUUUUGAGAUUAAACCACUUAUAAAACCAACUAGACAGAUUAUGAAAAUUGGCCAACAAUAUGAGUGGCAUGAGCUUUUUCCAAAAGUCAAAAGUAACGCUGGUGCAAUUGUGGCCGUAUGGAGCCCUGUAGUAAUUGUAUUUUUUAUGGAUACACAGAUUUGGUAUUCUGUUUUCUGUGCAAUAUUUGGUGGACUUUAUGGAGUUUUGCAUCACCUUGGUGAGAUAAGAACCCUAGGAAUGCUGAGAAGUCGAUUUAACUCCUUGCCUUCAGCAUUUAAUGUCUGUCUGAACCCACCUUCGUCCAAACGCGGUAAAAAGAAAAGAAAAGGUCUCCUCAGCAAUAUAUUUCAAAAGGUGCCUGAUGAAAAAAAUGCUACUGCCAAAUUUGUGGUGGUAUGGAAUCAAAUUAUAUACCAUCUUCGUCUUGAAGACUUGAUUAGUAACAGAGAGAUGGAUUUAAUGAUGAUGCCUGUGUCUUCAGAAUUGUUUUCUAGGAAGGUUCUUUGGCCUGUUUUUCUCUUGGCAAAUAAGUUUUCUACAGCUUUGACCAUUGCUAAAGAUUUUGAGGGAAAGGAUGAAAUUCUUGCCAGAAAAAUUACAAGAGACAUAUACAUGUUCUAUGCUGUAAGAGAGUGCUACCAGUUACUGAAAUACGUCCUUGAGAUUCUUAUUGUGGGUAGCAUGGAGAAAAGGAUCAUAUUUGAUAUACAAAGUGAAAUUGAAAAAUGUAUUGAAGAAUCAAGUCUACUGAAGAACUUCAACUUGAAAGUUCUCCCAGAUCUACAUGCAAAGGUCAUUGAGCUAGCUGAACUCCUGAUUGAGGGAGAUAAAGACCAGCAGCACAAAGUCGUGAAAGCUUUACUAGAUAUGUUGGAACUUGUAACAAAUGAUAUGAUGACUGAUUCCAGAAUAUUGGAUAUGUUUCACUUUCCUCAACAAAGUGAGCGUGGGUUUGUCUAUUUUAGAGAUGAUGAUCAACUAUUUGUCAAUGAUGAAACGAAUAGUGGAUUCUAUCCAUUUGCCAAUGAGAAUUCUAUCCAUUUUCCCUUGCCAGAAAGUGGCCCUCUCAUGGAAAAGAUCAAGCGUUUUCAUUUGUUGCUUACUGUCAAAGAUACAGCUUUGGACGUGCCGGCAAACUUAGAUGCUCGUAGGCGCAUAUCAUUCUUUGCUACUUCUCUGUUUUCUGAUAUACCAGACGCUCCAAAAGUGCUCAAUAUGCUGCCUUUUAGUGUCAUGACUCCACACUACAUGGAAGACAUUAAUUUUUCAGUGAAGGAGCUUGGUUCAGAUAUAGAGCAGGAUUCCAUCAUCUUUUACAUGCAAAAGAUAUUUCCAGAUGAAUGGAAAAACUUUAUGGAACGUAUGGGUUGUGAAAAUCCCCAGAGUUUAGAAGAUGAACUCAAGACAGAAGAGCUUAGACUGUGGGCUUCAUUCCGGGGCCAGACACUGAGCAGAACAGUUAGAGGGAUGAUGUACUACAGAGAAGCCUUAAAAUUACAAGCAUUUCUUGACAUGGCUGAAGAUGAAGAUAUUCUUGAAGGUUAUGAGACUGCUGAGAAAGGCAACCAUGCAUUGUUUGCUCGUUUAGAAGCACUAGCGGACAUGAAAUACACCUAUGUCAUUUCCUGUCAAUCAUUUGCUUCACAAAAGGCUUUGAAUGAUCCCCGUUAUAAAGAUACAAUUGACUUAAUGAUAAGGUAUCCAUCUCUUCGUGUUGCUUAUGUUGAGGAAAAGGAACAGAUUGUGCCGGGUAAACCUCCCAAAGUAUAUACAUCUAAACUGGUUAAAGUUGUCAAUGGAUUUGAACAGACAAUAUAUCAAAUAAAACUUCCAGGUCCACCACUACUUGGAGAAGGGAAGCCUGAAAAUCAAAACAACGCAAUAAUAUUCACUCGGGGUGAAGCCCUCCAAACAAUUGACAUGAACCAAGAUAAUUGCUUGGAAGAAGCUCUUAAAAUGAGAAACCUUCUCCAAGAAUUUCAUCGCCGCCAAGGCCGGCGUCCUCCAACCAUACUUGGUCUGAGGGAGCACAUUUUCACAGGAAGCGUGUCUUCUCUGGCAUGGUUCAUGUCAUAUCAGGAGACCAGCUUCGUCACUAUUGGUCAAAGGAUUCUGGCUAACCCUCUCAGAGUGCGGUUCCACUAUGGCCAUCCAGAUGUAUUUGACAGGGUUUUUCAUAUUACAAGAGGAGGAAUAAGCAAGGCAUCUAAAACAAUUAACUUGAGUGAGGAUGUUUUUGCUGGGUUCAAUUCUAUUUUAAGAAGGGGGUGUAUUUCCUACCAUGAAUACUUGCAAAUAGGAAAAGGUCGGGAUGUAGGUCUAAAUCCGAUCUCAAAAUUUGAAGCCAAGGUAGCAAAUGGAAACAGUGAGCAAACUAUAAGCCGUGACAUAUUCCGCCUAGGACGGCAAUUUGAUUUUUUUCGGAUGCUAUCUUGUUAUUUCACAACCAUUGGAUUUUACUUCAGCAGCUUGAUUUCAGUUAUAGGAGUAUAUGUAUUCCUUUACGGGCAACUAUACCUGGGGAUUAGUGGUUUGGGGAGAGCACUUGUUAUGGAGGCUCGAAUAAAAAAUGUACAGUCCCUAGAAACAGCGCUUGCCUCGCAAUCAUUUAUACAACUCGGGCUUCUAACCGGCUUGCCAAUGAUGAUGGAGAUAGGCCUUGAGAGAGGUUUCCUCACAGCGCUUAAAGAUUUUGUCCUCAUGCAAUUGCAGCUGGCUGCUGUUUUCUUCACUUUCUCCCUCGGAACGAAAACACAUUAUUAUGGAAGAACAAUUUUGCAUGGGGGUGCCAAGUACAGACCAACUGGGCGCAAAGUCGUCUUUCAUGCUAGCUUUACUGAAAACUACAGAUUAUAUUCAAGAAGCCACUUUGUCAAGGCAUUUGAGCUAUUGUUGUUGCUGAUUGUUUAUAAUAUGUUCAGGAGGUCUUAUCAAAGUAACGUGACAUACGUUGUAAUAACUUACGCCAUUUGGUUCAUGUCCUUAACUUGGUUAUGUGCACCUUUCCUUUUUAACCCUGCCGGAUUCAGCUGGACCAAGGCGGUAGAUGACUGGAAAGAGUGGAAUAAAUGGAUCAGGCAACCAGGUGGAUUGGGAAUUCAUCAGGAUAAAAGUUGGCAUUCUUGGUGGUAUGAUGAGCAAGCUCAUCUUCGCCGGUCAAGUCUUGCUUCCAGGUUCACCGAGAUAUUGCUCUCUCUUCGUUUCUUCAUCUAUCAGUACGGUCUAGUCUAUCACCUAGACAUAUCUCACCAUAGCAAAAACUUCCUGGUCUAUGUCUUUUCUUGGAUUGUGAUUGUUGCAGUUUUCGUCUUGGUGAAGGCUGUGAACCUGGGAAGGCAACUGCUAAGUGCUAAUUAUCAGCUUGGAUUCAGAUUUUUCAAAGCAUUCCUGUUCAUUGGUGUUAUUGCCCUCAUAAUUACUCUUUCCUUUAUAUAUCAACUUUCAUCGAUGGACCUUUUUGUUUGCUGUCUGGCAUUCAUGCCAACUGCAUGGGGAUUGAUAAUGAUAGCACAAGCUGCAAGGCCAAAGAUAGAGCAUACAGGAUUGUGGGACUUCACCCGUGCACUUGCUAGAGAAUUUGACUACGGAAUGGGGAUAGUUCUUUUUGGACCUAUAGCUAUUUUGGCAUGGCUACCAAUCAUUAAAGCCUUCCAUGCUCGUAUCCUCUUCAACGAGGCAUUCAAAAGGCACUUGCAAAUCCAACCAAUUCUUGCAGGAAAAAGGAAGAAGCACAGAACUUGAUCAUGAUUUGUACUUGUUUUUGUACAGCCAUGCAAUGAAUCAUGUUUUAUUUUUCUAUAGAAACGAUAUUAGGAACUUAACAGAACUUAUAGCAUGUACAGCUAGCUGCAUUCGUGUGAGUAUACAUAGUCAUAAAUGUGCACAGGAAAUUAUUUCUCAUCGCCUAGUUGAAUAAGUUAUAAAGGAAAUUAAAGGGAAGUAAAACAA